GCUGUUUUCUGCUAUUAACCCACAUUUGUUGACUCUGCACAAAUGGAUUUUUCUGAGCACGGGGAAAUGUUGAGACAACCGUCAAACAGUAUUCCGCCUCAGCCUUCUGGGGGAGCGGUUGGAGAUACAACUACAAACAAACCGCAGAACGGGAACCCGGUGCCCCAACCGCCGCCUGUAAACGAACGGAAAACUUUUUGUCCUUCGGAAAAUAAACCGUGCGAAAUGGAAGCCAAUAAAGCAUACGGGACGUUUAAAAACGCCGCACCUGGACCCACGUUUGCUCCCGUUAAUUCUGCCGUACGCAAGGAUUCCGUCGGUAAAAUGGAUGGUUCGACCGGUAAAGCCACGUCGGACUUCAUGUCUAACAAUCAAAGUGCUGUAAGGAUCGCGGCGGAGCAUAACAACACCACCGGUGACUGGACCUCCAUGAGCCAGACCACCAUCAUCCUGGGUACAGAUGGCAAUACAUCUGUUCUGCCUGGCACGGUGACCGGGGAUGAUGAUGAUGAUGAUGAUGAUGAUGGAGGAGACGAGAAUAAGGCCCGGGGGAACUGGUCCAACAAAAUGGAUUUUAUUCUGUCCAUGGUGGGAUAUGCCGUGGGUUUGGGAAAUGUGUGGAGAUUCCCAUAUCUUGCUUUUCAGAAUGGUGGAGGUGCGUUUUUGAUACCUUACCUAAUCAUGUUAAGCCUCGCCGGAAUACCUAUAUUUUUGUUGGAGGUGUCUUUGGGUCAGUUCGCCAGCCAAGGCCCGGUGUCAGUAUGGAAAGCGAUUCCAGCUUUACAAGGUUGCGGGAUUGCCAUGUUGAUAAUAUCUGUCUUGAUAGCCAUAUACUAUAAUAUUAUUAUGUGCUGGACAUUGUACUACCUGUUCGCUUCGUUGAAGGAGACACUGCCAUGGGCCACCUGUAAAAAUGAAUGGAACACCGUCGAGUGCAAAGACAAAGACAUGCUGCUUUUGGACUCCUGUAUACUAAGGGACAGAAACAUCACAUCAAUCAAGAACACUACAUUCUGUUUAUCUGCGAAUGCUGUCGGGAAUUUAAGUAAACUGUUAAAUAUCACAGCGGACAAUAAAACCUAUGUCAGCCCUAGUGAGGAAUAUUUCAAGUAUAAUGUGUUGCAUAUUUCGAAGGGUAUUGAAUAUCCAGGUGACAUCCGUUGGCCACUGGCUGCUUGUCUUUUACUGGCCUGGCUUAUUGUUUAUGCCUCUUUGGCUAAAGGGAUCAAGUCCUCAGGGAAGGUGGUGUAUUUCACUGCCACAUUCCCCUAUGUGGUGUUGGUCAUCCUGUUGAUCCGAGGGGUCACUCUACCCGGAGCCGGUUCAGGGAUCCUUUACUUCAUAACACCCAAAUGGGAAAAACUUAAUGAUGCCAAGGUGUGGAAGGAUGCUGCUACACAGAUUUUCUUCUCUCUGUCUGCAGCAUGGGGUGGUCUUAUAACUCUGUCGUCCUACAAUAAGUUCCAUAACAACUGUUACAGGGAUACUCUCAUUGUGACAUGCACUAACAGUGCCACAAGUAUUUUUGCUGGUUUUGUCAUUUUUUCAGUUAUUGGCUUCAUGGCUCAUGAGCUCAAAGUCCCGAUUGAGAGUGUGGCAGAUGAAGGUCCAGGGAUUGCGUUUGUGGUCUACCCAGAGGCUCUGACUAGGCUGCCCUUGUCACCAUUCUGGGCCAUCAUCUUCUUCCUCAUGCUGCUUACACUUGGUCUGGAUACCAUGUUUGCCACCAUAGAAACUAUAGUGACAUCUGUUUCUGAUGAGUUCCCCAAGUACCUGCGCAAACACAAGCCUCAGUUCACUUUGGUUUGCUGUUUGUCCUUUUUUGUGCUGGGUUUCCCCAUGAUCACCGAGAGUGGAAUGUACAUGCUUCAGCUGGUGGACACUUUUGCAGCCUCUUAUUCUCUGGUCAUCAUUGCCAUAUUCGAACUGAUUGGAAUCUCGUACAUUUAUGGACUACAGCGGUUCUGUGAGGACAUUGAGAUGAUGAUUGGGUUCCAGCCAAACAAGUUUUGGAGAAUCUGCUGGGCCUUUGUCACACCAACUAUUCUCACAUUUAUCUUGGCACUUAGUCUGUACCAGUGGAAGGGGAUGACAUAUGAGGAUUACACUUAUCCGACCUGGUCUAUGGUUCUCGGCUGGCUUAUGGUCAUCUGUUCUGUCAUAUGGAUUCCCAUCAUGUUUGUUAUUAAGAUGUACCUUGCCCCUGGAUCGUUAAUUGAGCGGUUGAAGUUGGUGUGCUGUCCUCAGCCCGACUGGGGUCCAUUCCUGAUGAAACACCGCGGGGAACGCUACAAGAACAUGAUCGACCCUCUGGGCACCAACUCCCUUGGCCUCAAACUUCCCCCCAAAGAUUUCCAGCUAUCAGCCCAAUAUCAAUAAUCCUCCUCAAUUCCCUGUGAGUGUGAGAUUCCCUGAGGCCUCUGAGGGUGAGACCAGCACUCACGUCAAACUCUUUCCCCAUUCAACCUCCCCUUUUUUCCAUAAUGUUCUCUUUCAGCCAUAUUCCCCCUCUUCUGGCACUUUUAGAGGGGUCUUUCAGGUGGAAAGCACAGACAACUCCCUAUGAUUUUGUUGUUUUCUGAAUAAUUAUUCAUAGUCAAUCUGAGAGUAGAGGUCUUUUGCGCACAUUCUGAUACACCGAUCCCAGCUGAACCUUUUUCUCAGAGGCAAUAUAGUGAUGCAGUUGCAACUGUUGAGGCAAUAUUUGACUGAUUGUGCAUCAUGCAGUGGUUGUUUUAUAAUUAUUUUUUCAUU